AAAAAAAAAAAAUAGAUUCGAUGAUAGGAUAAGGAAUAAAGAAAAAGACAUGGCUGCGCGUGCCAAACCACUAUACACUGUACAGUGAUAAACCCUCACAAAUGCAAUUAACUGAAGUGGGCCAAUGCUACUCCCCCACCUCCACGUGUCCUAUAGCUUACGUGGCUCUACUUCAUUGGGAACUCCACCUCCAGUUAUGUUAUCUUGAAGUUGACGAGAUAAUUUACCGGAGAAAAACGCGGUCUAGGAGUGAGAAAAAUGGUGGCUCUUAUGUGAGAGAGACGGCCAUUUUUGGUGUUAUAUAAACACUCUCAAAGCCUACCUCUAUUCUCAAGGCGAAAUUUCAUACUACGCUCAUACACCCAAAAGAGGGAAAACUAAUUUCUCUCCUCUCCUUUCUUUCUUUUCAGUCUGCAAUUAUUAUCUUCUGUUCAACUUCUUCCAUUUUCCCCCCUUCUCUAAUUUCCCCGCUUCUCUGAUUUCCCUUUCUGUCAUCAUCUUCUGUUUUUCCUACACCCACUUUUUUGAAAUUUUGGAUUUCUUUUUCUUUUUUUUUUUUUUUUGAAUUCUGCAUUUUGUGUUGUAGACCCAGAAGGCUGGUUCUUUGAAGUCAGGUGAUUCUGAAUAGGGAUCCAGAUUUCUCUGUUUCUUUGGUAAAUAUUUUCUGUUUUGAUCGGCUUCGAGGGUGUUUUUUUUGAGUCCCUCAAGUUGAUUGUCGAAACAAACUUGUUUUUCUUGUUCUGGCUUUUCUUCUCCUUUUCUUGAAGUAGAAUUUUGUUUUCUUGGGAUCUUUUAACACUUUGUUUUGCUAGUUUUGUAAGUUUUUUGACAAUUCACAUGGCAGCAGCUAUAGAUGUUUACAGUGGAACUUCAACGCCGGUUUACUAUUCGGAUCCUUUUAGCGAAGAAUUAAUGAAAGCACUUCAACCUUUUAUGAAAAGUGCUAUUUCAACCUCUUCCUCCUCCUCCUCCUCUUCUUAUUCUCCUUCUCCUUCUCCUCCUCCUCAUCCUUCUGUUUCUUCUCAGCCUAGAUUAAUCCCUGAUUUUUGCUCCCCGUCGAGUACCCGCUUGUUUUCUCAAGGGUUCUCGGGAAUUGAACAAAUGGGUUUUGAGCAAUCAGGUCCAAUCGGGCUAAACAAUCCCACCCCUUCUCAAAUUCUCCAAAUUCAAGCCCAAAUUCAACUGCCCUCACCAACUAUGUCUUCCUUCUCUUCUUCUUCUUCUUCAUUCCAAUCCCAAUACCAUAACUUCCUUACCCCCAAAUCUUUUCCCAUGAAGCACAUCGGCUCUCCACCUAAACCUACAAAACUCUAUAGGGGAGUCCGGCAGCGGCACUGGGGGAAAUGGGUGGCUGAAAUCAGACUCCCCAAGAACCGAACUAGACUCUGGCUUGGGACCUUCGAUACGGCCGAGGAGGCUGCUUUGGCCUAUGAUCAAGCUGCUUAUAAGCUCCGUGGGGACUUUGCUAGGCUCAAUUUUCCACAUCUCAAACACCAAUUCGGUGACUUCAAACCUCUUCAUCCUUCUGUGGACGCGAAGCUUCAAUCAAUUUGUCAGAGCUUGAAACAGGGGAAAACAGAGGUCUGUUCUGUUGAGGAUGAAAAACCAACGACCAUUCCACUUCCAUCCGAAUCAAACUCAGCAGUUAACAAUUUCUGGGAACCAGAAUUGAAAAGCGAAGUGGAAACCUCAUUUUCAUCUUCAUCCUCAUCUCCUUCACGGUCUGAAGAUUAUUCCACUUCCACCGGAUCUUCCCCUGAUUCAAGUAUCAGUUUCUUGGAUUUUUCAGAUUCUCAAUGGGGUGAAGGAGUAGAAGCAUUUUGUUUGGAAAAGUUUCCUUCCAUCGAAAUCGAUUGGGCAGCCCUGAGUCAGCUGGCCGAAUCAGAGUGUUAAUUAGUAAUGUUUUCAAUGUAAUUUGUGCUUUUUGAUAAUGUUGUCAACUUUGUUACAAAGAUUCUGCAAUGAAAUUUUAGGCAUUUGCAGAGUUCUCGUGUUAAAAAAAAAAAAAAGUUCAGGAGUCAGUCCAUGAAAAAAGAAUCCUCUUCAAAGAGAUUUGUAGUUCGUCUUUAAUGGGGUGUAUUCCAUUUUGGUCUGCAGGUUGUUUUUUCUUCUCUUGCAUGGCCAUUUUGGAUGUUGAAAAAAAAGAUGUAAUUAUGCACUUUGUGUUUUUAAUACACAUGUUGGUCUCCUUGUAGUCCCUUCUCA